UCAUUUCUCUGCUCUUAUAUCUCACGCUAACAUUGUUCGUGAUUUUUUUUUCUUUUUGCAAAUUAUUGUAUUCUGUUUGAUUGCUUAGAAUCGUGGGAAAGGAAAAAAGGAAGUGAAUUUUUGAAAUUUGGAGUCUUCGUUGGGAUUUCGUUGAUUUUGGAAACUAUACUGCAUUACGGGUUGAGAUUUGGAUAGAGUAGAAAUGGAUCGGCUCAAGGCUCCUGCUCGCCUCAUGAUAGUUUCUGAUCUUGAUCAUACAAUGGUUGAUCAUCAUGAUCCUGAGAAUACAUCUAUUCUUAGGUUUAAUGCAUUAUGGGAAGCUCUUUACCGUCAUGAUUCUCUAUUGGUUUUUUCCACUGGAAGGUCACCUACACUUUACAAACAGCUGAGGAAAGAGAAGCCCAUGUUAACACCGGAUAUAACCAUAAUGUCUGUGGGAACUGAGAUCACAUAUGGUAACAAGAUGGUGCCAGAUGAUGGUUGGGUUGAAUUUCUGAAUAAAAAAUGGGAUAGGAAGAUAGUCACUGAGGAAACAAGCAAGUUUCCUGAACUUACUCUUCAGUCAGAAACAGAGCAACGACCACACAAGGUUAGCUUUUAUGUUGAUAAAGAUAAGGCUCAGACUGUAACAAAGGCACUUUCAGAGAUAUUGGGAAAACGAGGGUUGGAUGUUAAAAUAAUUUAUAGUGGAGGGAUGGAUUUGGAUAUACUACCACAAGGUGCUGGAAAAGGACAGGCUCUUGCAUAUUUGCAUAAGAAGUUUAAGACCGAGGGAAAACUACCUAUCAACACUCUUGUCUGUGGUGAUUCUGGAAAUGAUGCUGAACUAUUCAGCAUUCCAGAUGUAUACGGAGUCAUGGUUAGCAAUGCACAGGAAGAACUGUUGAAGUGGCAUGCUGAAAAUGCUAAAAGUAAUCCUAAAAUUCUUCAUGCAACUGAAAGGUGUGCAGCUGGGAUCAUACAAGCCAUUGGUCAUUUCAAACUUGGUCCAAAUACUUCUCCCAGAGAUUCAACAGACUUUUCAAACCAUGAGAUGGAAAAUGUUACUCCUAGCAAUGUGCUGGUGAAAUUUUUCUUGUUCCUUGAGAGGUGGAGGCGUGCAGAAGUUGAGAAUUGCGAGAUGUACUUGGCAAGCCUGAAUGCUGAUUGUGAUCCAUCUGGUAUCCUUGUCCAUCCUUCUGGUACAGAGCUAUCUCUUCAUGAUGCUAUCAAUGGGAUAAGGAGUCAUUAUGGUGACAAACAGGGCAAGCUGUUUAGGAUUUGGGUUGAUCAGAUAUUAUCUACAAAGAUAGGUUCAGAUACAUGGCUAGUAAAGUUCAAUCAGUGGGAGUUAUCUGGUGAGGAGCAGCAAGGUUGUGUGAACACUGCCGUAAUAAAGAUCUCUGCCGACUCUUCUGUAGCGAGUGCAACCUAUCUGCACAUGCAUCAGACUUGGUUGGAAGGAUCAGGAGCUAAAGAUCAAUCAACCUGGCUCUUCUAAAUAUGCUUGCAACUUCACCCCAGUGCUCCAGAUGGCAAAUUCAUAAACUUCAAUCUAUUAAAAUAAAAACAAUUGAAUGAGAAACAUUCCAGUUUUGAAAUUGUAAGAUUGAUAAUAUGAACAUCAAGUAUAUAAAGCUAUCUUAGUAGAUGAUUACAUCAAGCAGAAAUUUAUGAAAAGCUCUGCCGUUAAUACA